AUGUCACGCUUCUUCAAGCCGCUGAAUAGGCGUACGUGUAGGCUCCUCGCGGCGGCGGCAGGCCUGUGUGCGUUGAGCGGCUGCUUUGAUGCAGAGAUGCGGCGGCAGCGUCGGGAACGGCGAGAACCCGCCGUGCCACUGUUUGACAACAGCGCCGUGGCGCGAGUGGAGGAGCACGCCCGCUACCCCUGCCAGGCCUUCCCUGGCUACGCUGUGGUGGUGUCGAACUACUACGCCCGCGCUUCUGCGGCUGAUGCGCCUACCCGUGGCAGCAGCGGCGGGGCAACGUCGUUCACACGGCUGCGUGACUUGUUUUCAAACGAAACGCACACUGUCGUAGAUCGCGGGGAUCCUUUGGAGGAUGAAAACCAGUUGCAUGCGGUGCGCGAGAUGGUUGGGGAUGCGUGGGGGCCGCCGCCGCUGCCACCGGCCUCCGAUUCCUCCACCCCCGCAAAGAUGACUUCGCUUCUGGCCUCGUCGACGUGGCCGCCAGGUACGGCGAAGUAUGCGGCCAUGACUAUUGAGCCAACGUCUGCUGUGCUCUCACUUGCAAGUGAGCCUGUUGGCGCGCUGCGCCGCUUGGCGGAUAGGGCAACGCACCAGUCGCUUAUUCGCUGCGACCCCUUUGCGUCACCCGCCAUCAACUGUGCUGGAGAUGCGAGCUAUUUGGGGGCGCCGUACCUUCGCACCAUGCUGAGCGCUUUUCUUCUCUUGCCUUUGCCGCUGCCACGAUUGCGAGUGGCAGUGCUUGGCGUCGGCGGUGGCUCUCUUCCGUCUUUUUUGCAGCGCUACUUUUCACGGGACAUGAUGCGGCUUGACCUGGUCGACGCAGAGCCGCAGUGUUUCCGGGCGGCGGUGGAGGACCUCGGCCUGCGUGAGACAAUGCGAGGGGGGGUGAUGUCGUGCCACGUAUCCGACGCUGCCGCAUUCCUGAAGGAUGCCGUCGUGGGGCCAAGUGGGGCCGCUGCCCCCGUCUUUCUCUCCGGCGCGUCCCCGCUGCCCGCAAGCGAAGUCGCUGCGCGCGUCGAGGGUCGACAACACGCUCGGCGUUAUGAUCUUCUUUUUGUGGAUAUUUUUGUGGGCAGCGAACCCCCCGCGUUCCUUUUCUCGCCGUCGUUCCUGCAGCUGUGUCAUGAGGUGUUGUCAUCUGUGGGUGUGGCGGCGUUUAACCUGCCGGCACCAGAUCCCGAGUUUACAGACACAUGCCGCCGGGUGUUUGGCCGUGGCAAUGUUUUUCAGAUCCCCGUUCCUGCCUCCGCCAACGUGGUGGUGCUUGCAAGACGCGCUGUAGGGGGCGAUAUGGGCAGCGGUUUGCCCAUCUCACAUCGUUAUUUCUAUAGACGGGCAAAAGCACUGCAAAAGUCACACGCGUUGCCGUAUGACAUUGCAGGCCACUACCCGUUCUGGUGGAGCUUCUGGUAA